CAGGUGUACGAAGCGUUCCUCCCCUGGACCUUCGCAGCGAUGGACGGCGCCGCAGCCAGAGGGCGGCUAGACAUCGUGCAGACACUGCACAACACCAGGGACGAAGGCUGCUCUACUGACGCGUUCGUCGAGGCAGCAGGGAACAACCACCUGCACGUUCUACAGUGGCUCCACCAGUUCUACCCGGACAAGAGCGAUACACGGCAAGAGCUCAAAGCUGCUGCGGGGAACGGCCAUGCUCGAGUUGUGUAGUAUCUACGGCCGUCCAUGGGCUUAAGGGCUCAAGAGCAGGCUAUAGUGGCUGCGGCCGCUAAUGGACAUAUCGAUGUCCUGGAUAUUCUGGAGUUCUGGCCAUACGAUAGAGCUAUUGUGUUCGUCGCUGCGGCAGCGGCGAACCAGUUGAAAGUCGUGCGGUUCUUGGUGAGAAAGUAUGGAGAGAGGGCACCGUCCACACGCCACGCGUUGCUGAAGGCUGCGGAGUUGGGGCACACUGAGGUGUUCGAGCUGUUGGCUGCUGCGUCAGCGCGGAGGAGGUAUCGGGCGCCUUAAACUACGCGGUGCGUGGGAAUAAGGUGGAGAUGGUCAAGUUUAUGUUGGAGAAAGUUCGGGAUCUAAAUAACCCAGACUUCGGUAAACUC